ACCGCCGAACCAUACCCACAUUUUUGAUGAGUCGAGUAUAUAUAGAUAUACUACGCCUGCUAUUCGUGGAUCUGGCUGUAAGGUAUCAUGGUAUAAGCAUCCAAAAUAUUGAGUUCUUUUUUUACCCGCCAGAUGUAGCGAAUGUAGCAUCAUUCAGUAUGAAUGAAAACAAUCUGGCAAAAAGCACGAAAUUUUGGAAUGAGUAACAAGAGAGAAUAAAAAGUUUAUAAAGGAAAGACAAGACGAUAAGCAAUAAAUAUUAUACUUAGUUCUGUGAUAACUCGUGUAUAUUUGUAUCUGACGUUUUGAGGUUCAAUUGGUACAGUAACCUCAGCAUAGCAACUGUUUCUUAAAUGGCCCUCUUAUUUACAAGUAUGUGGGACUCUACAAUGUUCCUAAGCACUUUGACACCGAAAUUUUAUGUUGCUCUAACGGGAACCUCGUCCUUGAUCUCUGGAUUAAUAUUGAUAUUUGAGUGGUGGUACUUCAGGAAGUAUGGUACAUCCUUCAUCGAGCAAGUAUCUCUCAAUCACAUAUCACCGUGGAUUGGAGGAGGUGAUGGGGGAGGAGAUGGGAAUAAUUCAAAUUUAAAUGGUUCAAACUCUUCUAAUCAGCAAAACGUCCCUGAAUGCAAAGUAUGGCGCAAUCCUAUAAACCUAUUUCGAGGAGCAGAAUAUCAGCGAUUUUACUGGGCUACGAACAAGGAACCUCUGACUUAUUAUGAUAUGAAUCUGUCAGCUCAGGAUCAUCAAACGUUUUUUACAUGCGAAGGUGAUACAGGUAAGGCAGAGUAUGAAAUAAUGCAAACGGCAUGGAGAGAGAGAAAUCCAGUAGUACGAAUAAAAGCUGCACACAGUGCACUGGAACGAAAUCCAGAUUGCGCACCUGCUUAUAUCCUCCUAGCCGAGGAAGAAGCAACAACCAUCCAAGAAGCAGAGAAGAUAUUGAAACAGGCUCUAAAAGUAGCAGAAAACAAUUACAGAAAAUCUCAAAAUACUCAGCACCAAGGAUCUGUGGCAGAGGCGAUACACAGGAGAGACACAAAUGUACUUAUUUACAUUAAAAGAAGAUUAGCAAUGUGUGCAAGGAAGUUAGGCAAAUUAAAAGAAGCUGUAAAAAUGUUUAGAGAUCUAACAAAGGAAGUACCACCCAUUAUGAACGUUUUAAACAUACAUGAAAAUUUGAUAGAAGCGUUACUAGAAAUGCAAGCAUACGCCGACGUGCAGGCGGUACUUGCAAAGUACGACGACAUCAGUUUACCAAAAUCAGCGACAAUCUGCUACACAGCAGCAUUACUAAAGACGAGAUUAGUUGCUGACAAAUUUUCGCCAGACAUUGCAAGCAAAAGAGGAUUAACCACAGCAGAGAUGACAGCUGUAGAGGCAAUUCACAGAGCUGUAGAAUUUAAUCCUCACGUACCAAAAUAUUUACUAGAAAUGAAGCCAUUGAUCUUGCCUCCGGAGCAUGUUUUAAAAAGAGGUGACUCCGAAGCCAUUGCCUAUGCCUUCUUUCAUUUAUCACACUGGAAACAAAUGGAAGGUGCUCUCAAUUUGUUACACUGCACCUGGGAAGGUACUUUCAGAAUGUUACCAUAUCCAUUAGAAAGAGGACAUUUAUUUUAUCCCUAUCCAACCUGCACAGAAUGUGCAGAUCGAGAGCUGUUACCUUCGUUUCACGACGUGAGCGUUUAUCCUAAGAAGGAACUGCCAUUUUUCAUUUUAUUCACAGCAGGCCUCUGCUCCUUUACGGCUUUAUUGGCCCUUUUAACUCACCAGUAUCCUGAUACCAUGGGCGUUGUUGCACGAGCCAUGCUCGCUUGGCUCUCUUUACCAUUUUAUUACGUCCUAGACAAGUUGGAGGCAGUAUUACCGUCAAAUUUACUGCAGCAACUCUCUAGAAUAUAAAAAGCAUUUCUAUAAAUGUAUUAACAACCAAGACUCAUUGUGAUAUGUAUAUUUAAACGCUUCUCUUUUGUUCUCUCUUCUUUUCUACUUACGGUAUUUAUAAUGUAUCUAUAAGACAGGCAUAAAUAGUACUUUCCUACCCCAUUGA